GCGCGCCCUCCGGGUCUCUAUGCGGGCGCGCGCGCAGAGAGGCUCAGUUAGCUGCUGGAUGUCUGUGACCAACAACAAACAGGUGUUGAUCAACAAGCAGAGAAGACAAACAGAAACAGACAUGAUUCCUUAUUCCCCCUGAGGAAUCGACCAAUCAACAGUCAGGAUGAUGCCCAAGCAGCUGGCUCACACGUCUCCAGGCAGUGUUUUGUCCCUGAGAGCCUCCAGCGUCCCAGGAUCCCCCGCAGCCGCCAUUGUGGCCCGAGUGGAGGACGGGCUGAUCGGCUACAAGGACCUGGCGGCGCUGCCGAGGGACAAAGCCAUCCUGGACAUCGAGAGGCCGGACCUGAUGAUCUACCAGCAGAGCUGCAGCCCCCGGGGAGUCAGUGAACGCCUCGCACGGGAGAGGUCCUUGUCUCCUCGCUCCUUGUCUCCUUCUCCCUCCCCCGAGAAGGAGUCCAGGGAUUGGCUGGAGAACCGUUCUCCGAGAGGUUCCUCUCCUGUUUCCAGCGGAACCCACAGCUCACACACUCCAGCACACACAGCCUCCUCUGGGUCCAAGUCCUCCAAGCAGCACUUCCACAGGCCCGAAAAUGGCUCCAACAUCUAUAAGAAGCCUCCAAUCUACAAACAAGAAGUUGGGGGGUCCUCUCAGCUCCCCCUAGGGAAGCACAUGGAGGAUCUGAUCAUCGAGUCCUCAAAGUUCCCUGCGGCUGAGCCUCCGGACCCCAGCCUCCCCUCCAAGAUAGAGACCGAGUACUGGCCCUGCCCCCCCUCCCUGGCUGUCAUUGAAAAGGAGAGCAGGAGGAAGGAUCAGAGAGAAGAGGAUAAGGAUGAGGAUGAUGAGCAGAAUGAUGAGCUGUGGGGACUGAGAGCUCUUCAGAAACAAGAACUCAACAAGAUUCAGUCUAAUCUGGGGAGGAUCAUCAUGAAGGAGGAGCUUCAAAAGUCCUCAGCUCCUUUGAGGAGGAAGACUCGCUCCCUACCGGACCGAAGUCAGCACACAGUGUCCAACGCCUCCCGGCCCGUGUAUUUCCCAGCAUCCUCUAGGAGCGGCUUGUCCCAGCUCGGCUCGGCAGAGUUCCGCUCGGCUCAGAAGACUCCGGCAGAUCUUCAGAACGGAGACUCCAGGAUGGAUCGAGGGAAUUCUCUCCCCAGCAUGUUGGAACAAAAGAUCUGCCCCUAUGACGUGCUGGUGGUGACCCACAGAGGGCGGAGCAAGCUGCCCCCCGGGGUGGACCGAACCCGCCUGGAGCGUCACCUCUCCCAGGAGGAGUUCUUCAGUGUCUUCGGGAUGUCCAUGGAGGAGUUCGAUAGCCUCUCUCUGUGGAAGAGGAACGACAUGAAGAAGAAAGUGUGUCUCUUCUGACCCCCCAUCCUCGUUCAGACGUCACGUCUGCUUCACCAGCUUCAGUAGAUGUGGAGGACACAUCGUUCGAUGGCUUCACCGAGGACCCGUCCACGCUGACCUCUCAGUGCUGAUUAUGAUGCUACGAGUUCAUCACACACGUCAACACAAAGAGACAAAUACAAAGACACAAAAGACACAACCAAGGGUCUAAAUAUAUUAACAUAAAAUAACUGAAAUUACAGUUUGUUUUUAACUCUUUCAUCCUCCGUAGAUCCAGAAAGUCCAACUUAGUAAACAUGCUAACCGGCUAGUUAACAUGCUAACUAGUUAGUUACAUGUUACCAGCUAGUUAACCUGUUAGUUUAACAUGUAACCAGCACUUGUUAAUGGGCAGAAAUACCCAAUAAUUACCAUUAAAUAGACACGCUUAUAUUCAGUCUCGGUCCUGAUGUGACCUGCGAUGGUUCCUCUGGGUUCCAGAAGGUUUCAUGUGGAUCCGUAGUCCGUCUCCCUUAAACCCAGAAUACAGUGAAUAUCAGACGUAGUACAAGUAUUUCAUCACGUGGCAGUUAAAUGUUUUCACUUUGAGACUUCCAGGAGGAAUCUUUAUUCCUCAACUUUAACAAUAUUAAGUGUCACUGAAUUAAUUGUACAACCUCACAUUUGAACCUUCAUCAUGCUAACGUUAGCUAGUUAGCAGUUAGCGCUGUAGAUCUGAGGCUGGUGGGAAGGUUCCGGUUUCCUUGUACUUGAGCUAUUUAACUAUUAGAGUUGUGACCCGGUAUCAGAGGACGCUCCGAUGGAGAUCAGACGUCUCCUCACUAAUUCAGCCAAACACACUGUCCUGUUUUAUCUCAGCACACACUCAACAAUGUGCAGCUAUUUUCUAAUAAUUCACAGAAGCAUGUUUGUUAUUCAACAUCAAGAUGGAUGGGAAAAAACAGACAAAGACUAAAGGACAAACUCUGCUGGACUUCUUCACUCUGCUGGACUUCUUCACUCUACUGGACUUCUUCACUCUGCUGGACUUCUUCACUCUGCUGGACUUCAUCACUCUGCUGGACUUCUUCCAAGAAGGCUGGCCAGAUGCAUGAUGGGCAGGAAAGUGUUCACCAAACAUAGUUAUAGGAAUGGGGUCUUUCAUCAGAGCCUCUAAAGCAGAGGUCCCCAACCACUAUCUGCUACCACACCACACACAUCAUCUCCAUCAUCAUCUUCCUUCAUCCAUCAUCCUCCCUGAGUGUAAACAUUUAAAACUAAAUCAGUUAGAGAUGGUAUAUUUAUAAUAUAAUAAAUAUAUUAUAUAUAUAAUAAACAUAUAUUAUAUACAUAUAUAUAUAUAUAUAUGUAUAUAAUUGUAUGUAAUAUGAUAUAUGUAAAUUUUUGUCGGUACCAGUACCAGUUUCUUAUUCAAUUCGAUGAUAGAGUCUGUUCAUUUGACCAACAUUUGACUGGUACUGUACAUAUACACACACAAUAUAUAAUUAUGUACAUUACAUUAUAUGUAACUUUCUGGUUUUAUUGUAACGGUAAAAUUACCAGCACUUUUAGCGCUAGCGGCUCAGAGCCGUGUGGCGUUCAGGGACCCCUCCCUGCAGUUGGUCAGGACAAACUCACUUUGCCGCAACCGCCAAAAUACCACCACCGUAUCCUGCUCACCGCCACGCCGCCUCCUGUAUCUAUGGAAACAGUAGAGGAGUCAUGUGACUGUGAGCGAGUGGUUUGAUGACGCGUGAACCAACGCUGUGCUCUGAUUGGUUGUGCUUUUGGUUGGAAACAGGAAGUGGGUUGCUGUGACGAUGGCCAUGACGACACAAGAUUGUGUUUUGUUUCUUCUUUUGUACUUUUUAAAGUUGUUUUUCUUUUCUUCUUUUUUUAAGUGAAUUGUUUCACCCAGAGCAGCGUGUCAGGUAUUAUGCAUGAUGUCAAGAGGAUGAUGUCAUCGAUUUGCAACAAGACGCUAGCAGGUAAAUGCUUCUUUGGACUCGCAGGUUGGACUAAGGUCAGAGUUAGAAUUAGAGGUCAGGCUGAGGUCAAUAGUCACAUUAAGGUCAAAGGUCAGCCGGAGGUCAGGGGUCAGUGUGACGUCACAGUGAGGUGGAGGUCUCUAAGCCGCCCUGCUGCUGGACAUAUUGGUAAAACUAUUGGAUGAAGAUAUGAUUGUUGUUGUUCUCAUAUCUGGAUGCAGAUGAUGUAACAGAUGAAAGGUGACGUGAGUGACAAUAAAGAGCGUUUGUAUUUGC